ACAACUCCGCGAGCGACCCGACGAGCGGCGCGGCGGCAAGCAGUUUACUCGCGGCACCGAUAGAGGUAGCCCGUUCGUGACGUCGCGCAAUAAGUUUCAUUUACUCGCACAUUCAUUACAUUCCGGAGACAUUUAUACGCUCCACAAUGGGGGUACUGAAGACCCUCGUGAUCCUGCAGGCGGUGUACUUCAGCACCUGCAUGGAACAGCUAGACAUCAUCUACGAGUGGAAGCAGCUGGACUUCGCGUUCCCUUCCCCAGCGGCUCGACAGCAGGCCCUGGACAACGGGUCUUUUAUACCCAAGAACAAUAUUCCUAUGGGUUUAGAAGUGCAUGGAGACAGGCUAUUUGUCACUGUACCGAGAUGGCGCGCUGGUGUUCCCGCUAGUCUCAAUUAUAUCGACUUAAAAGAUAAUUCUACCAAGUCACCAGUGCUGAUGCCAUACCCCAGCUGGGCGGCUCACGACGCGACGAGCGGCAAGCCGGAGAUCGUGUCACCAUUCAGAGUCCGCGCUGACAAGUGCAACCGACUCUGGGUCCUCGACAACGGGAAAAUUGGAAACUUAGAAAACGACACAGUAAAAUACCCUCCAGCUCUUCUUGUAUACGAUUUACAAACAGACAAGCUCUUGAGAAACUAUGUGUUCCCAGAAGAUCAAGUGAAAGAAGACUCUGGCUUUGCGAAUAUCGCGGUCGAAGAUACAGACUGUGAGGAUACAUACGCGUAUUCAGGAGAUUUGGGGAAACCCGCCGUAGUUGUGUACUCCUGGAAGAAGAAUGAAUCCUGGAGGAUAACCCACCACUUCUUCCAUAUUAAUCCUCUAGCUUGUGACUUUAGCGUUAAAGGACACAACUUCAGUUGGACAGAUGCCAUCUUUGGUCUGGGACUGUCGGCACCAAACGCUGACAACUACAGCACGCUCUACUUCCAUCCUAUGUCUAGUUACGAUGAAUUCGCAGUUUCCACUGAGUACUUAAGAAACCAGACAGUCGCAGACGAAAAUUUCAACGCUUUCAAACUAUUAGGAAGCAGAGGACCAAACGCUCAAUCGAGCGCUUCUUUCGUUGACCCGAAAACCGGAGUGCUGUUCUAUUCCCUGGUAAAUCUUAAUGCUGUAGCGUGUUGGAGGACAACGAAUAAGGAGUACAUAAUGAAGAAUCAAGGCAGAAUUUAUAUGGACGACGAGAAGAUGAUAUAUCCAACUGACAUUAAAGUCGAUUACAAUGAAAAUCUUUGGGUUCUGUCCAACAGGAUGCCAAUUUGGAUGUACGGGCAGUUAGAUCCCAAUGAUGUUAACUUCAGGGUGUUUUCUGCACCAGUUUUGAAAGCCAUCAGUCACACAGCAUGUGAUGUAACGCCUAGAUCUGAUAUAUUAGAUAAGUUUGUAAAUAAGGUUAAGAAUGUAACGAGUAAGAUUGCCGCCAAAGUGAAACCUAAUGCUGGAACGAGCGUCACUCCCGUGUCGUUAAUAGCUGUUACUGUUUUCAGCUUAUUGACUUACUUUAUGUAAUUAGUGCUUAGGAUGUACAUUCAACAACAUUCUAAAAAUGUCACUUUACAAAUGUUUUCAUCAUGCUUUUGUGCGUGCUGCGUUGUCGCCAUAUUGUUUUCAUUAACAAAAGAUGAUGUAAAAAACGAUUUAUAAAAUCUAGAAUUCAUUUUACGUUUCAAUGAUAAACAUGUAAAUGCCUCGCUAGUUGUUGUUGCCAUUUGAAAUAGCGACAUAAAUUACUUCUAAGAAGGACAUUUAGGUUUAUAAAAACAUUCCAGUACAGUCUGUAUGUAAUUGAAACUCUAUUCAUUAGAAAUGCAAGGUCUUGAACCUUUCUCAUUAUUAUCAAUUAAGACGCAAUUUUUAUGAGAAAUUUUGAUAAAAACGAAUUAAUAAUAAUACAAUGCGUUAUUCCAACACAUUUUUAUUAUAAAAAUAAUAUAGUGUUAUUGCUAGAAUGUCCAGUUUAUUCUAAAAUUGUUCAAGUGGCUGUGGUUUAAUCAUGGCUUCUAAUAUUUUUAAUGUUACCGUAAUAUUUAUUGUGAUUUUACGAAUUAUUUGGUAAAUAUAUUGUACUUAUCUAGUUUGUGCCUUUACCCGUGAUAUUAUUUAAAUAUUGAUUUAAGCGUAAGUUGCGGUAUUGUCACAUUGUUUAUUUUUUUGUAAAUAUGUGCUAAUGUUAGUUGUAAUAAAUUAAAUGAUAUUACCUA